UCAAACGGACGGUUAUCCAAAGUUCCAAACAGGUGAUGAUUAGGGUUUUUUUCUCAAAUCACCCAAUACAAAGAGACUCGUGCCGAUCCCUCUCAUCUCCUUCGUCUCUCUACACCCCCAAUCGCAGUUGUACCUGGAGCUCCCUUGUUUAACGCUCUCUCUCACCCUGCCCUGACGCCAUUAGAGAGACCUUGUCUCUGACUCUCACUCUGUUUCUCUCUCGUUGCCCAACCCAUUACAGUGUUGUUUUUCUCUUUCAUUGUGGAACAGUCUUUUUUAGCUUCAACCUUGUUCGUGUUAUCUAUCUUUUUUAUCUUCUACAAGGUGAUGCGUCACACCAAUUGACGGAUUAUCAAAGGAAGAUUGAGCAAAGGAUAAGCAAAUUGUUGUCAAGGAGCAGUGUAUUACCAAAAUGGAUGAUGCAUCUACUCAAUGCGACAUUGUGUGCUCUGAAAAUGUAAUGGAUUAUACUCAUGAAUUUACUACUGAAGAGAUAUUCAAAAGUCGAGAAGCCUUAAUCAAAUGGGCUCAAGAGGUUGGAAAGAUAAAUGGGUUUGUUAUUGUGAUCAAGACAUCAGAUGCGGGUGGUCAAGGUAAGAAACCCAGAAUUGUCCUUGCAUGUGAGAGGAGUGGUUAUUAUAGAGACACAAGGAAGAACAAGGAAAAAAAAAUGAAGGUAGGCACAAAAAAGUGUGGAUGCCCUUUUGCAUUAAAGGGUAAGAAGUUGUCCACAGAUGAUGAUUGGAUGUUGAAUGUAGUGUGUGGAGCCCACAAUCAUUUGGCUAGCGAGCAUCUCGAGGGGCACUCAUAUGCAGGGAGAUUAUCAAAGGAGGAAACUUCGUUGGUAGUCGAUAUGUCCAAGAGUAUGGUGCGACCGAAAGAGAUUUUGGUUACAUUAAAACAAAGAGAUGCCCUUAAUGUAACCACAAUGAAGACAAUUUACAAUGCACGUCAUAGGCAUAAAGUUAUAGAGAAGACUGCUGGGAGAUCACAAAUACAACAACUUUUGGCACAGUUAUUGGUUCAUAAGUACACUAAGUGGCAUAGGUGUGAUGAUACAGAUACCAUCACUGAUUUGUUAUGGGCACAUCCUGUUAGCUUGGACUUAUUGCGUGCAUUUCCACAUGUGUUGAUUAUGGAUUGCACAUAUAAGACCAAUCGUCUUCCCCUCUUAGAGAUUGUAGGAGUGACAUCUACUGACAUGACUUUUUCAGUAGCUUUCGCAUACCUUGGGUGUGAGAGGGAAGAUAACUACAUAUGGGUAUUAAAUAUAUUGCGUAGUAUUAUGGAUGAGAGUGCCCUUCCUGAAGUUUUUGUUACAGAUAAAGAGUUGGAUUUGAUGAAAGCCAUUGAUAGGGUGUUUCCCACAGCUAGACAUCUGUUAUGUAGAUGGCACAUUAGUAGGAAUGUGAUGGCUAAGUGCAAGAAAGUGUUUGAAACCAAGGAGAAAUGGGAUAAGUUCAUAAUGAGUUGGAACAUUUUGGUUUUGUCCACCACUGAAGAGGAGUACCAUCAGCAAUUUUUAGCAAUGAAUAAGGAGUUCAGUACCUAUCCGGAGGCGCUUGAGUAUGUGACAACUAUUUGGUUGGACACAUACAAGGACCGAUUUGUAGCGGCUUGGAUAGAUACAUGUAUGCAUUUCGGAAAUAUGACUACAAGCAGGGCUGAGAGUUCACAUGCAAAAUUGAAGAGCCAACUUGGGUCAAACGAAGACAGUUUCGAGUCGUCAUGGACAAAGAUACAUAAUUUGAUUCAGUUGCAGCACACAGACAUUAAGUUAUCAUUUGAGAAGAGUUUGACAUUUGUGCAACACAACUUCGAACCUUCUGAGUUCAUGGAGCUGCGGGGUAAUAUUUCAACAAGUGCUUUGGAUAGGAUCCUAGCCGAGACAAAGAGAGCUAAUUAUGUUGGUUAUGAUGUUUCUGCAUGUGGGUGCAUCCUCCGACGUACAUAUGGUUUACCAUGUGCUCAUGAGAUUGCAAAUUACAUGAGGGAGGGUCGGUCCAUUCCCCUCUCGUGCAUAGAUCCUCAUUGGAGGAAACUAGAUAUGGAGUUUGUACCUAAAGUGACACCAUGGAGUUAGAUUGCAAACUAGAGUUAGAUUUGAUUGACUAGUGGUUCAAUGAGUAUGAUUUGAGAAGAAAAAAAAAGGUACAUAUUCUUAAGAAAAUUGAGGGAGUUAGUCCCGACAGUAUGUAGUUUUGUUAGCAAGAUACAAUUUUUAUGUUCUUUUUGGGCUCAGUUUUGUUGUCAAAGAAGUUUUAAUGUGUAAUGGAAAUGGUUGCUGUAGUUCUGUUUGGCAUUUAUGGACUGAACAUGUCAUCUGUUUGGUAGGUGUAGUGAGAAAGU